AUGCAGCUCUGUGGCCGCCAAAAGCUCGUUCAGCGCAAGAUGGUGCUGCUAGGCGAUGGAGCCUGCGGCAAGACAUCGGCGCUGAACGUUUUUACUCGGGGUUUCUUCCCAACCGUCUAUGAGCCGACUGUUUUUGAGAACUACGUGCACGAUAUCUUUGUCGAUGGGACACAUGUGGAGCUGUCUCUCUGGGAUACUGCGGGUCAGGAGGAGUUUGACCGUUUGCGCGCGCUUUCCUACGAGGACACCCAUGUUUUGAUGCUAUGCUUCAGUGUCGACAGCCCCGACUCAUUUGAGAACGUAUCCUCCAAGUGGAUCGCCGAAAUCAACGACAAUUGCCCGGGCGUGCGUGUGGUUCUGACGGCCCUCAAGUGUGAUUUGCGCAAGGACGACGACCAGAACGAUACCGAUGCCAUCUCGUUCGAUCAGGGCCUUGCCAAGGCCAAGGAAAUCGGCGCCGUGAAGUACCUCGAAUGCUCCGCCGUCCAAAACAGGGGCAUCAGAGAGAGCUUCUACGAAGCAGCCAAAGUCGCCAUGGAAGUCAAGCCAACCGGAGCAUCAACCUCCAGCCAGCAAUGCGUUAUCCUCUAA